AUGAAUCCCAACGGCCCCUCAGCUGCCUUGUGGCAGGAAGCGCGGAAUACAGAUGGACGCGUCUAUUAUUACAAUGUACAGACGAAGGCGACACAAUGGACAAAGCCGCAAGAAUUGAUGACUGCGGUUGAGCUUGCUCUGGAAAACCAGCCUUGGAGGGAACACACUGCAGCCGACGGGCGCAAGUACUGGUACCACACGGAAACCAAGGCGAGUAGAUGGGACAUUCCCGAGGAAUACAAGAAUGCACUUGCACAAGCGCCGGCUCCUCCAGCAGCCCCAGUCGCCGGCUCAUCGUUUGUCGCAGGUGGCUCAAGCUACCCUCCGCAAUCUCAACAUCGUGAUCGCGACGACUUCGACCGAGGUGACAGAGGCGAUCGAGGAUAUGGCGACCGGCGCAUUGGAUAUGGCUCUUAUGACAACAAUGGCACAGUCGCCGCACCAGAAUUCAAGGCGCAGACCGAUCCUGACUACAAUUCACUCGAAGAAGCCGAGAGCGCAUUCAUGAAGCUGCUCAAGCGACACAAUGUGCAGCCCGAUUGGACGUGGGAGGAGACAAUGCGCGCCACCAUCAAAGACCCUCAAUACCGCGCUCUCAAAGACCCGCGAGACCGCAAGGCAGCAUUUGAGAAAUACGCGGUUGAGGUUCGCAUGCAGGAAAAGGACCGAGCGAAAGAAAGAUUCGCUAAGCUCCGCGCAGAUUUCAAUACCAUGCUGAAGCGGCAUCCUGAGAUCAAGCACUACAGUCGCUGGAAGACUAUCCGUCCUAUCAUUGAGGGCGAGACCACGUUCCGGGCUACCGACGAUGAAGGCGAAAGACGCCAGCUCUUCGAGGAGUACAUCCUUCAACUCAAAAAGACUCACGUCGAACAGGAGGCUGUCACCCGCAAGGCCGCCAUGGAUGAGCUGGUCAACAUCCUGGGUUCGCUGGACCUAGAGCCAUACACACGUUGGUCCGAGGCACAUGCUAUCAUUCAGUCGGACGACAAGUUUCAGAGCGAUGAUAAGUUCAAGACCCUGAGCAAGUCUGAUAUUCUGACCGCCUUCGAAAAUCACAUCAAGUCAUUGGAACGCGCAUUCAACGAUGCUCGCCAGCAACACAAGGCAGCAAGAGCCCGAAAGGAGCGCAAGGCCCGAGAGCAGUUCUUGGAAUUGCUCAAGGAGCUCCGGUCCCAGGGAAAGAUCAAGGCCGGCAGUAAGUGGAUGAAUAUCUGCCCACUGAUUCAGGAUGAUCCUAGAUAUCAUGGCAUUCUCGGACAACCUGGAUCGACGCCUCUUGAUCUUUUCUGGGAUAUGGUUGAAGAAGAGGAGCGCUCGCUGCGUGGCCCCCGAAACGAUGUACUUGAUGUUCUCGAUGACAAACGAUACGAAGUCACCACUGAAACGUCUUUCGAUGAAUUCAAUGCCAUCAUGACUGCGGACCGCCGCACCUCUAAAAUCGACUCCGAUAUUCUCAGUCUUAUUUUCCAGCGUAUUCAGGAUAAGGCAGCUCGGCGUAAUGAAGAAGAGAAGCAUGCCGCAGAUCGCCACCAACGUCGUGCCGCGGAUGCCCUGCGUUCUCGAAUCAAGCGACUGGAGCCGCCUGUUCGGGUAACCGACACCUGGAGCGAAGUCCAACCACGCCUUGAGAAAUACGAAGAAUACAAAGCGGUUGAAUCAGAUGAACUUCGGGAAGCUGCCUUUGACAAGACGAUCCGCCGUAUGAAAGAACGAGACGAAGACGCCGAGAAGGACCGUGAAUCCCACACCCAAAGCCGUGGAAGCCGUCGGGAUUACGAUCGCGAUCGUGACUACCGCAGCGGCCGAGGAGAAAGACGGGGACCCAGCGGACGAGUCAGCCGAACCCCAGAACUCGAUGCAUACGAAGCAGACCGCCGCAAGGCCCAAGCAGACCGUGAACGAACCUACCGCAAGGUCAGUGGGAUCUCCCCAUCCCGUGACCGCCGUGAUGAGCGCAGUGACCGUGACCGUUACCGUUCUCGGGACCGCGACUUCGAUCGUGGUUCUCGUUCUGCCCGGGAUGCCGACCCACGCGAGGACCAGCGCGAACGUCUUUACCGUACCCGUGGUGACCCCCGUGGCAGCCGUGAUGAGCUUGACUACGGUGGCGGCGGUGAUACCCGCAGUGUGGCCAGUGGAGACCGUCGGCGCCGGCGCGACAGUGAUUCUGAAAGCGUUGCCAGCCGGUCUGCGAAGCGUUAUCGUCGUGAUAGCCGUGAGCGGGAUCGCAGCAGGGGCUCGCGGGCUCCUCGUCGAGAGUCUGCCAUUCCCGAAGAGGGAGAAGAUACAAAACAAGAUACCAAGCAGGAUGAGAAGGCUAUUCACUCUGGCAGCGAAGAAGGCGAAAUUGAGGAGGAGGAAUAG